ACUGCGACGCCCCUACUUUGUUAAUGGAUCAGCUUAGAAGGAAUAUGCGCAGUGGCCUCGAAGGUCAUCCACUUCAGUGAGGGCUACCGCAUUUUAUAAACAGCCUUAGAAACUACAAGAAGGUUUUGGUUUCGGUUUCUGUAAACUACUCUGAUCUUCAUUCUUGAUGUGAAACGUGAAGUUCAUUGGCGCCAAAUGCAAAUCUAUUCCGUUGUAUCACAGUAGCUUUGGAAGUCGUAACACUCAGAUUGGCAACAGUAUUUUGGAUGAAAGCAUGGUUGUAGAAGAUAGAGGCUCGACUACACCCGAAAAAGAAACGAUGGAGUAUUUUUAUAAAUCAUUUAUUGCUGGAGGUAUAGCUGGUAUGUGUGCCAAAACAGCUGUUGCACCUUUAGACAGAAUCAAAAUACUUUUACUGGCUCACAAUCGACAUUACAAAAAUUAUGGUGUAUUUUCUGGUUUGCGACGUAUUGUUCAAAAGGAAAGUGUUUUAGGAUUGUACAAAGGCAAUGGUGCACAAAUGCUUAGAGUAUUUCCUCUGGCAGCUGUUCGGUUUGGUUCAUUUGAAUUAUAUAAAACGUUUUUAAAGAAUGUAAUUGGAACAUCUCAUUCUGUUAAUUUUUUUGCUGGAUCUUUAGCAGGUAUAACUUCAGUCAUGAUGACUUAUCCACUUGAUAUUGCACGAGCUCGUCUAGCUUUUCAAGUAACUGGAGAACAUAUAUAUUCUGGCAUUUAUGAUACACUCUCAUGUAUGUUUAGGACGGAAGGUGGUGUAAGAGCUCUUUAUAAAGGACUUAUACCUACUAUUCUUGGCAUGAUACCUUAUGGUGGUCUGUCAUUUUAUACAUUUGAGGAGUUGAAAUUUUUAUGCUUAGAAUAUAUUCCAAACAUCUGUGGCCGACCUGAUUCAAGCAACAGUGGUGGACUAGUUUUAACUGUUCCUGCAAAAUUAGUCUGUGGUGGAAUAGCAAUACCAGUUGCACAGACAAUUUCAUAUCCCUUGGAUGUUGUACGAAGAAAGAUGCAGCUAAGUAUGAUGAGCCCAGAAACUGAAAGAUUUGCGGAAAAAGGUUUUAUUACAACACUUAUUAUGACAUACCGUGAAGAUGGUAUUGUGAGAGGACUCUAUCGAGGCAUGACUAUAAACUAUAUGAGAGCUAUACCAAUGGGUGCUGUUUCAUUUUCAACUUAUGAACUAUUCAAACAGAUUUUUGGCUUGGAUAUAGGAAAAUCCUGAGAAAAAUAUAUAAUGUAUUUUCGUACAAUUACUUCAUGUGAUCAAAUGCUUCUCUAUUGUAAAACAUGGACUAUAUAUAUUUAUAUAUUUGAUUAUUUUUAUUGUAAUGAAAACUACUCUUACUCCUUGAAUUAUAAGGUAGGGAAAUUUCUCGAUUUACUCUUAUAUGGCAGGCCCAAAUUGAAUUUAUUAUUUCAAUGAAUUCAAUUAAAGCAGUAAUUUUAAAAAUAAAAUCUUCUAGAUAAUAAUGCUGAAAAUUGAGAUAUUUGAAGUUUGUUUUGUUUCAGAAAGAUCUGAAUUUGUAAUAAAUUUAACAUGACAUUUUUCAUAUGCAGUACAUUAUGUUUUUGCAAUAUAAUUAAAUAAUGAAUGCAAUUUUUUUUAUUAAUAAGUCAUAUCUUGCAUAAUACAGGGUAGUUAUUUGAAUGAAACAUGGUACAUACAUUAUAUGGACAGUGGGAAAAAGAAUUAAAAAAUUUCAAUUUUGACUAUCAGAGGAAUUGUGGCACCUAAAGGACAAAAAAAAUCUGUCAGAAUCAUUAAAAUUUAUUUAGUUACAGGAUGUGCUCCAUUGACAUCAAUUACAUGUUGAAAGUAUAUUAUAGAGUGUUGCAUUAUUGCAUGUUCAAUGGUAGCACAAAUGAACUCUCAAGGGAUUUAUUUCCUCAGCAUGGUGUGUAAUGCUGGGUUUCAACUAAGGUAAAGCCCUAAUUCCUCCUCCAUAAACACGGUCUUUUAGAAUCUCCCACAACCAGAAACCACAGGAAUUUAAAUCAGGUGAACAUGAAGGCUAUAUAUCUGGGAAAAGAUCUGGAUAUUACACGAUUCUUGUCAAAGUUAACACAGAGCAGUUUUGUGACUUGGAGUCUGGUGUUGCUCCAUUUUUCAUGAAGACGGUGGUCUGCAAACAUAGUUGGUCCUGCAAAGCAGAAAUGACCUACUCUCAAGAAGUUCAUUGUUCAGAGCAUGUUUUAAGAACUUGACGGAUGAGAGUUUCAAAGAAAAAUAGUCAGAGGAUAAAAUCAGUAGUAAAUCCAAACCAUGGAAUCACAUAAUCAGAAUACAAUGGUUGUUGGUGCAAGACAUAGGAAGUGAAGCACUCCAUAUGUGGCAAUUUCGAUUAUUCACAACUCCAUCUAAAGAAAAGAAAAAAACACCUCAUCUGACCAUAGAAUUUGCCAAAGCCAUGUAUCAUCUACUUCCAUUCUUGCCAAAAAUCAGCAAGCAAGUUUGGAGGUUUUGAGCAUUUUCAGAACGUGGCACAGCAUUCCAGACAAUGUGGAUCUUUCAUGGAUAUCAUUUAAAAUGGAUCACAGAGUUUUCUGUACUGUCGACCAUGGAAUCGCCAACUCAUCCGACACUAACAGAGCACUUGCUGAAGAAUAGCUAUAAUUUGAGGCUUUUUCAACCAUAGUAGUAGCAACUUCUCCAACAGUUUCAUUUACAAUCGGGGUUUUGCCCUCUUCUUGGCAGCUCGCCCAAGUCUCCAAUCUCUUCAAACCAUUCUUUGACAUAAACCUUUUUUGCAAUUCCUUUAUACAACGAUAUUCACACAGUGCAGCUAAGUUAUUGCUGCCAUUUUGAUAAAACAGUUUUACCAAUAAAACUCAAUUUUUCUUCUGUCAGGGAAUUAUUAACAGUGACAAAGGCAUGCAGAAUGAUUUCCAAGCUCUUACUACAAGUCUCUUAAGUUUAUAAAAAUUUAUCCAAAUUAGUCAAAGUGCCAUCUAAUGGUCAAAAUGUGAACUUUUUUCCCCAUGGUCCAUAUAACUCGUAUGCCAAGUUUCAUCAAAAUCCGAUAUUCAGACCCCUCUAGAACCCAUUCUGCUUAAGGUCACUUUAAUUAUAACCACUGUAUUUUAAAUUUCAUAAACAGCAUUGUAACAUAUAAAACUAUUUUACUUAUGAUAUUUUGAAUUAAAGUGACACAAAUACUAAUAUUCGAUUGAAAAAAAUUAUUUAACUUCAGCUUCUUAUUUAAUUACAAAAUUUAGUUUAAAUGAUACUUACUGCAUUAAAAAUAAUACAUUUCAGUAAAAGUCAUUUUAAUCCUAUCAAGUUUGAUAGGAUUAAAUGUAGGAUCAUAUCAAUAAGUAUAUUCAUAUAUCAUCAAUAAGUAUAUUAACAUGACUAAAUGUUCCGUAUACAAUUGAAAUUUUAGUCGCUGUACUAUAUUAAAAAAAAUUAGAGAAAAAUUAUUUCACAAACUUCUUAAAACAUUAAAUGAUCCUCAAAUAUUUUCAUAGCAUUUUUGCAGUAUUUAUUAAAGCCUAUUUGAACAAAUUGUAUCAGGGUAUCUCAUUUCAUAUAUUGUUUAUAAUAUCUAGCACAAAUUUAAAAUUUUACAAACUGUUCUUGUUUUUAUUUACGUUUUCUAAACUAAAACUACUAAACUAUUCUGGCAUAACCAAAUCUUUAACUGUGUUUUCAUCACUCUUUUUAAAUAUACAUUAUGCUUUGUCUUAAUGUGCUUCUUUUAUAUUAAUGAUGAAUUAUUCACAAGUUUGUUUCUUUGCUUAAUUUAUUAUUAGUUUCUAGAAAGAAAGAAAAAAAUAUUUUUAAGUUAAUUUGAACAGCCUCAAAUACAUGUUGCAUUUGUUAGUAAAUUCUUUAAUGAUAUGUAUGUUUUCAUACAAAAUUUACUUAUAUUGUUAGUGCAAUCAUUACUAAUAUAUAAAUUAGUGAGCUAAAAGUACUUAUAUAGCUACAACAUGUUCAUUUAUUGAAUGAUAAAUAUCUGAUAAUGUGUAAAAUAUAAUCAUACACGUUUCAAGUUUUGACACAAAUUAUAUUGCUAUAAAUUGUACUUUCCUAUCUGUGAGACUCCUGGGGGGGGGGGAGUCCAACACAUUUGGUUCUAAUGGAAUGGUACAAAUUGAAGUUCUGCUAUUAGUAAUCUAUCAAAUUUCAUCAUAAAUAUGUAUAUUCUUAUUCAAAUAUUGAUUUUGUACAAAUAAAGUUGAAUUAUUAUAAAUUUCAUCAA